GGAUGUCCGUUGUUCCGUGGCCGUCGAAGGUCUGCGAAGCGUGAAGUCUCUUCUUAUUACUAUCCGUAGCCCAUCUGCUCGCUCGCGGCUCCCGUCGUGAGACUUUUUUUUCGAGCUUUUUUUCUUUUCUUUUUCUCUCUCUCUCUCCCUUCCAUGCUCUCUCCCUCACGCCGCCAUGGCCUCCUCGGCGCUCCCCGGAAUCCCGGGCUACGACCCUGAUAACCUGCAGCCGUGGACGGUGGCCGUCGUGGUGUCGGUGACGGGCCUGAGCGUGGUGACGGUCAUCCUGCGGCUCGUCAGCCGGCACGUCAAGGCGCACCAGCUCUGGUGGGACGACUACAUGAUCAUCUUCUCGCAGCUGUGGAACUUCCUCGUGGUCGGCUUCAUCUUCGCCAUGUACGCGUCCGGCAUGGGCAUCCACGCGGACAAGGUGCCAUUCGACCAGAUCGUCAUGACGGCCAAGUACCUGGUCGUGGCCGAGAUCCUCUACGUCUAUAACCUCGUCUGGACCAAGAUCAGCAUCCUGCUCAUGUACUACCGCAUCUUCCGCUUCCCCUUCUUCAAGAAGAUGGCCUACGGCAUCGGCGGCUUCGUCAUCGCCUGGGUCAUCACCAUCAUGUUCCUCUUCAUCUUCAUCUGCGUGCCCGUCGAGAAGCUGUGGUACACCGACCUGCCCGGCCACUGCAUCGACCAGGUCGGCACGUGGAUUGCCAACGCCGCCUCCACCAUCGCCACGGAUGUGGCCAUCCUCGUCAUGCCCAUCCCCCAGGUGUGGAAGCUGCAGCUGCGGAAGGCACAGAAGAUCGGUGUGACCAUUGCCUUCUGUCUAGGUUUCUUCGUCGUCUUCGCCUCCGCCUACCGCUUCCGGGUACUCUUCACCUACAGUGCCGCCGACCCGACCUACACGCUGGCGCCGACGGUCGGCUGGACGGCCAUCGAGAUGUCGGCGGGCAUCAUCUCGGCCAACCUGCCAACCAUCGGCCCCGUCAUGGCCAUGGCGGGGCGCAAGCUCGGCAUCCGGGGCUCUCUACUCAGCUCGUCCGGCACCGCCGCCCGCGGCACCGGCAACGGCACCUCCACCAACGCCAGCAAGCUCCAUCUCUCAUCUGCCAACCACCACAAGGCAACCAACUCCCGCUCCGAAGGGGGCGGCCUCCCGGGCCAGAAGCCCACCAAGAAGGGCAGCGUGGGCACCUUCUACCGCCUGUCGGACGACAACAUCCUGGACGGUAGCAGCCGUGGCAGCCCCAACGGCUCGGGUGAGACUGCGGUGGUAGUGGUGGGUGGUGGUGGUAAUACCGACGCACGCCUGCGGCCGGAUCACGAUCAUCACUCGUAUGCCUAUACCGUCACGGGCGGUGGUGGGGGGAAGAAGAAGGGCGAUGGCGACUCGUCGCUUAGCGGGGAUGAGAUUCCCUUACAUGGUAUCAGGGUGCAUACCGACUUUAAGCAGGUGGCGGACUAGAUGGCGGGUUUUUUUUGUGAAGCAACGGGGGGGAAUCGAAAAAAAAGGGGGUUGCGUGGGUGUUUUGUUGUCGGGGUGUAAUGUGAUAUUUUUAAAAGAAAGGAAAGUAGAAUAGCGCGUUGGGAGGUAUCUGUCGGACAGUCAGCCAGUCAGGGGCGCGGGCAUGGAAACAGUCAUGGCUAUCUCGCGCCGUGAGGGGUAUUUCGAUUUGUUAUAAGAUAGCGAUACUAUUUGUAUGUAUUGUACACAUGUACCACCGCGACGAGAUAUGAUUCUCUGUCGGAGCAGGCCGCAGUUGUGGCUUUGGGUUCGCCCUCGGGAAGGGGAUACCCCAAGCUAAGGAGAUGCGAUGCAAUCGCUGGAAGAAAAGGGGGAGGGAUGAGGGGGGAUAUACAAAAGGACUUCCUAUCUAAUAGUUAGGUGUUGAGGUAGC